UCUCGAGGGUGUGGCUCAUGAAAUGUGAAGGUGUGGUUUCUAUGAGAGGGGCGCGGGCCGGGGAAUUACCUCAACUGCAGUGAAACUGCUGAAAACUGACAUUAACUGCUGAAAGCUAAGCCUUGAGCUGCUGCAGUUUAAAGACAGAGGCAGGUUAUUCUCUCUAUCUUGUACCUUCAGAUCAAGCCCUUCCCCUGUGCUGCAUGAUGGCUGAACCUUUACUGAAAGAUCAGGAUGAUGAAAAUCUUGAAUCAUCUGGUUUCUUCAUUGAAAGAUCCACCGAUUUAUCAAAAUUAUCAGAUAAAAAUAAAGGUGCCAUGUCAACAUUAAAACAGGUUCUAGCUAGCGAAGGAACCCGUUCGGACAUUCACCUCCUAAUGGUGGGCAAAACAGGCCAGGGAAAGUCAACCCUGAUCAACAGUUUGAUUGAAUUAGGGGAAGAUAUUGCUCAAGAAGGAGCAGAGACUGACAUGUGUACAAGAUCAACCCACUCUUACGUCCACCCGGAGCUGCUACCAGAUGUCAAGGUGAGGAUCAUCGACUCGCCUGGUCUACAAGAUAUCCAUGUUAACGAGCAGCUCUACAUUCAAGACAUGAAGGCUCAAUGUCAGGAAGUCAGUUUAGUUUUGUACUGUAUGAAGAUGACCAACCACAGGCUGGCUUAUGAUGAUACAUUGGCUCUGCGCAGGCUACAUCAAGCGUUUGGUCCUACCUUUUGGAAGAGAGUAGUAUUUGUCCUCACUUUUGCUAACAAUGAGAGGUGCGACCAGAAGGAUAGUCGAGAUGAAGAUGGUCCAGAGCCUCCGUUUUCUGAUCAGGCGGCGUGGGCAGAGUUAAUAAGGAGGAGGUUUAUUCACAGAGUGAGGCUGAGAUCUGCUGACAUCAACGCUUUCUUAAAGCGGAAUUGUGAAACGGAUGAAUAUGCUCAUUUCGUACCAGCUGGCCACUAUAAGCCAAAUUUUUAUAAUCCCAACCCACUGAAGUUACCUGAUAGGGACAAUUGGCUUCAUAAUUUGGCGAAAUCCGUUCACUCGCAAAUCAAAAAACACAACUUUAGCAGGCUGAACUUGAACGACA